CGGCGCCAGAGCGGCAAUCCUGGGCUCGGUCAGCAAUUUACGCCCAUCUGCCUGCCACUGGCGCUUCCGGUUCCGGUAGCCCCCGAUUGCGUCUGAUCCGAGGUGUCCGUCAUGGCGGGGACGCGGCUGGAAGCCGUGGGCAGCAUCUUCACGCGGACUCGGGACCUGAUGCGGGCUGGGGUGUUGAAGGAGAAGCCUCUCUGGUUUGACGUAUAUAACGCCUUUCCCCCGCUGAGAGAGCCGGUAUUCCGAAGGCCCCGCCUGCGAUAUGGCAAAGCCAAGGCUCACAUCCAGGACAUCUUUUAUCACGAGGAUCGGAUUAGAGCGAAAUUUUAUGCAGCCUAUGGAUCUGGUCAAAAAGCUUUUGAUCUCUUCAAUCCAAACUUCAAGUCUACCUGUCAACAGUUUGUGGAGAAGUACCUUGAGCUACAGAAUCUUGGAGAAACAGAUGAAGAGAAGCUGUUUGUAGAAACAGGGAAAGCUUUAUUGGCAGAAGGUGUCAUUUUAAGACGAGUGAGGGAAGCAAGGAUGCAGCAGGAAGGUGAUCACAUUUCCUGGAAAUCUGAACUCAGGGCUAUGAAACCACAAACUGUGUUUGGAAAAAACCAGCCUCUGAAAGAAGUUCCACAGAAUCAGCGUUUGGAGGCACCUGAAGAACAGUCGAAAGGUCUUUCUCCUACCUGAAGAACUUGUAUACUGACAUCUGACUGUAUUCACUAGAUGAACGUUGAGCUAUUUUUAACAGUUGAACUGUGUAAAUGUUUCUUGAUCUCUAAGGCAUUAUAUUUGCUGCCUUUUAGAUCCUACUUCUAGGUUGUGAUAAAGCUCAGUAUUGUGAUUUGAAAGAAGCAGUUAUGUGAACUUUGUGUUAGAAAGGUAUUAAGUAAAGAAUUCCCUAGUUGCUUAGAAAGCAAAUUUACUUUAAAAUUGUAAAUAGCAUGAGGAAACCUUUGUAAGUGUUGUUUGAAGGGACUCAUUCUGAGUAGCUUUGCUUAGAUUUUUGUGUUAACAUGUGGACUGGCUACAUUUGAUUCUCUGGUAUGUUUCUCUUUUCUGGAUUCAUGAGAUUUAACUUGCACAUACAGUUGGUCCCUUAGCCAAUGUUUCUGCAGAUAAUCUUUGUAUAUUUUGCUAUUGAACUCUUGAGCUUUAACUUGAGAGGCCAAGCUGACUUGGGCUUUAUGGUAAGAAUGAGAACCUAUCAUUGAUGGUAAGACAAAGGCCAAAACUACAACUUUAAUUUGAUGGGUUGAAUGUGCUGGAGACAAUUAGCUUAGGCCUGAACAUAGUAGGCUGCUCAGUAAAGAUUUACUUACUGAAUGAAUGAAUGAAUGAAUGAUUACAUCCAGUUAAAGACUGGGUUCAGAUGACAUCUCUGUAGGUAACUGGAUUGCCAUGAGCGGGGGCCAGCUAAUGUGGAUGGCUCUCCACCAGCAUCUACCUGCCUCCCUGGUUUCAAGGUGUGCAUAUAAGUCCUUGAACUGUUCUGCUUUCUUCAUAGCUUGUGUUAAAUAAAUAUCCCUUUGAAAUUGUA